UGCAAACUCCAAAUGACAAUUGACAAAAGUAUAAGAUCACGUGCAUUAAGGGACAAUAAAAAUAAAAAUAAUAAAUAAUAAAUAAAAAAUUACGGAGCCCGUGACGUCGCGGUAGAUGAGGACCGAGUCCAGGAACGGGUAUCGUCGCCCUACAUCUCCUUUACAUCAGGUUUUGUAAUUAGCGCACGAGAUGCGCGUGCUGCAUUAGCGUCCGACACACUCGCGUGUUCUCCCUCCUCUUCGGGUGGCUCCCCCCCCUCAGCAAACGUACCCCACCAGACACCUACACCCACCACCACCUCCACCACGGCGCACCAAAAAGCUACCCCAUUAAAUUACAGUACUUUGCCAACAUGAUAUGAUCAUGUUGCGUUGAUCAUAUCCCACCAUGCACGCCCUCAAUCCCCAUCCACUUAAUUUGUCCCUAUCACGAACAGCGGUGCCUGCUGUUCGUGGAUUCCUUCUCGACGACAACUGUGCUAUAGCUAGCUAAGCCGACCCCAUAGCAAGAAAGCUUUAUAAAAUCAUAUAAUAUAUAUAUGCACCAUGCAAUCUCUAUCCCAACUCCGUGCUCUUCUCUCAUCUUUUACUCCCUUUCCACCAAAUAUAAUACUAUUGGCCUCAACUCUCAAGUGCUGCGCCUAGCUUUUGCAGGAGCUAGCACACAGAAAAUAGAAUAAGAGAGAGAGAGAGAAAGAGAGAUAUAUAUAGCUAGGGAGAGGGAGGAGGAGGAGAAGAAGAAGAGGAGAUCGAGGUGAUUAGCCGGGAUGGGCUCGGCGGCUGCGGAUCUUCUCUCGUGCUUCCGGAGCUACUUCUGUCUCAUCUUCUUCGGCUUGGCGGCCGCGUUCGUGGCGUUCGCUCUGAUACUAGCGCUGCUGAGGUGGCGGCGGCCGUGGUGCAGCUGCGAGGUGUGCAGGGCGUACCUGAGCUCGUCGUGGGCGGGGGAGUUCGCGAACUUGUGCGACUGGUUCGCGCACCUGCUGCGGGCCUCGCCCACGGGGACCAUCCACGUGCACGUGCUGGGCAACACCGUCACGGCCAACCCCGCCAACGUGGAGUACAUGCUCAAGACGCGCUUCGACAACUUCCCCAAGGGGAAGCCCUUCUCCUCCGUGCUCGGCGACCUCCUCGGCCGCGGCAUCUUCAACGUCGACGGCGACGCCUGGAUCUUCCAGCGCAAGAUGGCCAGCCUCGAGCUCGGCAGCGUCUCCGUCCGCUCCUACGCCUUUACCAUCGUCUCCGGCGAGAUCCACCGCCGCCUCCUCCCCCUCCUCGGCUCCGUCGCCGACUCCGGCCGAGCCGUCGACCUGCAGGACGUGUUCCGGCGCUUCGCCUUCGACACCAUCUGCAAGAUCUCCUUCGGCCUCGACCCGGGCUGCCUCGACCUGACGCUGCCCGCGUCGGAGCUCGCGGCCGCGUUCGACGCCGCCUCCAGCCUCUCCGCGCGGCGCGGCUCCGCGGCGGUGCCGGCGCUCUGGAAGCUGAAGCGGCUGCUGAACGUGGGGUCGGAGCGCGAGCUGAGGCGCGCCAUCCGGACGGUCAACGCGCUCGCCGACGCGGUCAUAGGCCAGCGCCGGAAGCUGGGCCCCACGGGACACCACGACCUCCUCUCCCGCUUCAUGCAGGCCACGCUCGACGGCGACGACAGCGGCGGCAGCAGCAGCGAAAACGACAGGUACCUCCGCGACAUCGUGGUGAGCUUCCUGCUGGCGGGGCGCGACACCGUGGCCUCGGCGCUCACCACCUUCUUCCUCCUCGUCUCCCGCCACCCGAGCGCCGCCGCCGCCGUGCGGGAGGAGAUCGCGCGCGCCGCAGAGGGGGCGGGGGCUCUCGGCGGAGCGGCGAGCUACGAGUCGCUGAAGGGGAUGCAGUACGUGCGCGCGGCGCUGUACGAGAGCAUGCGGCUGUACCCGCCGGUGCAGUUCGACUCCAAGUUCUGCGCCGAGGACGACGUGCUCCCGGACGGCACCUUCGUGAGCGCGGGCACGCGCGUCACCUACCACCCCUACGCGAUGGGGCGGAUGGAGGCCAUAUGGGGCCCAGACUGCGGCGAGUUCAAGCCCGAGCGGUGGCUCAAGGACGGCGUCUUCGCGCCCGCGAGCCUCUUCAAGUACCCGGUGUUCCAAGCGGGCCUGCGAGUGUGCCUGGGAAAGGAGCUCGCCAUCAUGGAGAUGAAGUCCGUCAUCGUUUCGGUGCUCCAGAGCUUCGACAUCGACGUCAUCUGCCCGGCGGGCGCGCCGCCCAAGUUCGCGCCCGGUCUCACCGCCUCCAUCAGCGGCGGGCUUGCGGCUCGGGUCCGAAAGCGCCAAAGUGGGGCUGCAAGGGGCCGUGAUUUCUGAACCUAUAUUAUAUAUAUAUAU